AGCACCAGCACGGAUGGGACAGGGAGGGAGGCCUGGGGCUGAGGACAGAGGGCUCCCAGUUGAGGAAGCUAAGUUGGGGCUCCUCCUGCGGCAAAUCUGCUAUCCUCCGGCCCAUCCUGGAAGCUGAUCCAGAACCGCACGCACCUGUACCGCUUCCUGCUCCUGAAGAUGGCCAUCUUUCAGCACUGGGUGUUGGGGCUGGCCAAGGAGGCCCGGGGCUCUGGAAGUGACGCGGCCCACCUGCUUCCGGGAGUCGUCAUAACCUGCCCUCUGGGCUUGGCCCUUCGAGCUGGACUGGCAGUGCUAUGGGUCCCCAUAUGGCUGCUGCUCUGGGGACCUAGGCUGGCAUACGAAGUCGGGUUGUGCUGUACCCGCACCGUGAGACUGGCCCUGGGGCACCUGGGUGCCUGUGAACCUCUGGCCGUGUCUGCGGCCACUUUCAGGGACCUGUUUCUCUCCUGCCUGCAUAGCCUGAUGCUGGUGGCCCUGCUGAUGCUGCUGUUAACCUGGAGGCUGGUGCAGAAAGCCCAUCACUUUGGUCUGAGCUGGUUACCCAGCCAGAAUUCGGUGUUGCUGGAAGCCUUGGCACUACUGAGACGCCUCUACUUGUGGGCGGAGCACACAACCACACUCACUUCCUGGAACCUGGCCUAUCUUGUCACUUGGACUACCUGCCUUGCUUCCCACCUGCUUCAGGCUGCCUUUGAACACACAGCCCAACUGGCACAAGCCCAGGAGGCCAAGUCCCAGGAGACCUCGGGGCCCUUGCCUCAGUUCUUAAUUCCGGAAUCUUCCAUCACUGAGGCUGAGCCCCUCCCAUCCCAGCCUGGAACCCCCGGAGAAUAAAUGUGAU